GCUUUCCCCCCUCCCCUCCCCUCCCCUGCCCUGCCCUGCCCCCGAGGACGAGCCGACUCCACACGGCAGCAGGGGGCGAUGUCGAUCCUCUACGCGGUGGUGGCGCGGGGCUCCACGGUGCUGGCGGAGCACGGCGCCGCCUCCACCAACGCCAGCUCCGUCGCGCGCCAGGUGCUCGACCGCCUCCCCGACGGCGGCGCCGACAGCCACGUCUCCUACACGCAGGACCGAUACGUAUUCCACGCCAAGCGCACCGACGGCAUCACCGCGCUAUGCAUGGCAGACGACGCUGCAGGAAGACGUAUCCCGUUUGCGUUCCUUGAGGACAUCCAUGGAAGGUUUGUCAAGACGUAUGGCCGCGCUGCGCUGACCGCUCUUGCUUAUGCGAUGAACGAUGAGUUCUCGAGGGUCCUCGGCCAGCAGAUGGAUUACUAUUCAAAUGACCCUAGUUCCGACAGGAUAAAUCGAAUGAGAACUGAAAUCAGUCAGGUUAGGAAUGUCAUGAUUGAUAAUAUUGAUAAAGUCCUUGAAAGGGGUGAUCGUUUGGACCUAUUGGUGGACAAGACUACAACUAUGCAAGGAAAUACAGUUCGGUUUAAGCGACAAGCUCGUCGCUACAGAAGCACUGUUUGGUGGAGAAAUGUCAAACUCACGGCUGCUUUGAUUCUGCUUCUCUUGGUAAUUAUAUACAUCGUCCUCUUCUUCAUGUGCAAUGGCUUCACGUUGCCGACCUGCAUCCGGUAAUUACCAUCUGGUGUUGUGCUUGUGUGUGCACGACCUGUCUCCCUUGCCCAGGAGAGCGACUGUUGCAGCACCAUUGCAACCAGUUGCGUUGCAGAAAUUAUUUUUUGUGUGUAGAGAAAGGACACCUGCUAUUUAUUCUGUAAUUGUGACACUUGGAUUGUGAAGAAUAUUGAAAAUGGAGUGCGGCCGAUUUGGGUUGA